CCGGAGAAAGGUGAUCCGUACAGCGAGCAGUACAGCGACGCAGGCCUGCAGCCAGGGGAGAUCGUGUAUCAGCGAUCUCGCGUUGCCACGAAAACACGACAGUCGUUCGUCAUGCCUUGGACAUAACAACAAAUCCUCCACGGCACCCGCUUUAUAUAACGCAAGAAAGCAGCUGCAAGGACACGAGGAUGUGAAAGAGCCAGUGCAGAGGAGCCAAUGCCAAAAAAUCAAAACACAUUGGCUAGCAAUUUGGACAAGAAAACUAGGACAACCCAGGACGUGCAUUUCUCAGCACCCAGUCAACUGCCAGAAGUGACUCGAACACAGGCCACCAGUGGCACUCGGCUGUACCACUGCAGUGCUGUGGAAAUUGCCAGCACCAGCGGCUUUGCAACAGCUGUUUCACAGCAUGUCGGAGACAAUGCCUACGAAAUUAUUGGCCCUGAUGACGAGAGCCCUCAAGGGGCAAACGACAUCUCUGUUGCAGAAGUGAGCCCGAUACCACCUGAAGUUACCAUGACAGGUGGCACGGCAGCAAUAGAUACAGAGACGGCCAUGUCUACUGCAGCUGCAACAGUGUACGAGGCAAGCAGCAGUGUGUCAGCAUCAGCAGCAGUGUCAGAAGGAACCGCACCAGGCCUGGUAGAGCAACAUGUGUGCUAUCACUGUGACUUUUUUUGUAGUGCAUACAACUCAUUUGCUCAACAUACGAAAGCUUUUCACCACGACUGUGAGCCAUUGUUCUUGUGCAGCAAGUGCAAAGUGUGCAACAAGCAUCACUUUAAGAUAUGAAAACAUAUUACAGUUGUUGCCUCCCCAGCCAGCCCACAUAGCGACAACAAUGUGGAACACAUGGUGGGACACACCUCUUCCCCAUUAGAAGAUAGUAGAGACUGUCAGUGUUGUUGUUAGAUUAACUGGUCUUUGUAGGCAACUAGAAGGACAACACAGGUGUCAUAAGAUUGUUGUUUAUGUUGUUGUUGAAGAGGUAAAAAAGAAGUUUGAUGCAGCUGAAGUGCCAACUGAUAUUGAGCAAAUCGAGAACAAGCACCUGAAAAAGCAACACUAUCAAAAUUUGGGUAUCUGUGUCGCCAACUCUGGUAAGGAUGGCAUAAGACAGAAGUGUGAUGAAAAUCACAUAGACACUGCUGUUCCAUCACUGGUCACAGUGAGCAGUGACUUUUAGGGCAAGAGAGUCAACUGAAAUCAACAUUAUGGCAUAGUGUCAUGCUCCCAUGUGACCACUUUCCAUGUUAUUUUGCAUGAUACAGCUCAACCUCCAGAAACGAGACUGCAACUUGUCUGUAAAAAGCUUUCACAAAAAAUUAUAACACUAUUAACACAGCAGUAUCUUCUUUUUUUGUGGGUUCGAGGUUCCCGGGUGUCCAUUAAUGCAAAAAUUGCUGAAAAAAAGAACAUGUGUCGUACUUGCACCUUUUUAACACGUACGAGGGGGACAGAACUUUUCUAGUCAUGCAUCUUCAUCAUACUAUCAAGUUUUUAAAUGCCUUUUAUAAUUAUUAUUACCAGUUAUAUCUGAGUGCAUUGUAUGCAUUUAGCAGGUGUAAAAUCAGGUCAGUUGGAUCAGAUGCCUUAUCUGCAAGGGAGCCCUAUAUUCAAGAAAUUGGAAUUAAUAUAGGUACGUUAGAGACGCAGUCUUUCAGCACUUUAUUGCGUGUGGUUUAAGCAUUGCUCAAUACUUUUGUGGAUGGCAGUUUCAACUGGCACAGCACUGCGCUUUGUCACGGUCAUGUAUCUUCAAAGCGGUGUUUACCAUUUGUGUUGAUCUGUUUGUGUAUUCAUAGAGCAAGUUCUUAAUUUAUUUUUUUCCGCAUUCUUGUGCUUGCACUAAGCUUGUAUAAGGCAGGUACAAAAUGGGCGUCACUAUAACGAACUGUUCUGUUGAGCUUACACUUGCAAAUAAUAGUGUUCAGAUGGCCGCACUUCUAUGCAGGUGCACCGAUAGCUUUGUGUAUGUUCUCAUGUUUGUAUAAAGCUUGUAUAAGCUAGUUACAAAAUGUAUGUCACUAAACAUUGUGAUAUUCUUUAAAGAACUGCUUGGUUGGUUUUUGUUGUAAAAUAUGGUAUCAAAACCGCCGCGUCAUGUGCGCGCUGUCAAUGCGCAGGCGCCAAGUUCUUUUUCUUGUUCACUCCUCCUUUUCCCUUUCCCCUUUCGCUUUAUAUAUAUACGUGCAUUAAACACCUGUGCGUUGUUCUCGGCUAACCA